UUCUUGAAGAGACGAAGAAGAGAUGGCAACCGGAGACAAAAGUGCUGACAAACGGAAAACUAAGAUGAACCAUACGCUGUCCCAAUUAAUGGAUUCUGACAUGGAUUAUGAAAGGCCAAACGUAGAAACCAUCAAGUGUGUUGUGGUUGGGGACAACGCAGUGGGCAAGACUCGGCUCAUCUGUGCCCGCGCAUGUAAUGCCACAUUGACUCAAUAUCAGCUCCUUGCUACCCAUGUGCCCACCGUCUGGGCUAUUGAUCAGUACCGUGUUUGCCAGGAGGUACUGGAACGUUCCCGAGAUGUUGUAGAUGAUGUUAGUGUUUCCUUAAGGCUUUGGGAUACCUUUGGGGACCAUCACAAAGACAGACGCUUUGCUUAUGGAAGAUCUGACGUCGUAGUAUUAUGUUUCUCCAUUGCUAAUCCAAACUCCCUCCACCAUGUGAAGACCAUGUGGUACCCUGAGAUUAAGCAUUUCUGUCCCAGGGCACCUGUCAUCUUGGUAGGCUGCCAGCUCGACCUCCGCUAUGCUGACCUGGAAGCAGUGAACCGAGCCAGGAGACCUUUAGCCAGGCCAAUCAAACCAAAUGAAAUUCUUCCCCCGGAGAAGGGGCGAGAGGUAGCCAAAGAGCUGGGCAUCCCUUACUACGAGACCAGUGUAGUAGCCCAAUUUGGCAUCAAGGAUGUCUUCGACAACGCCAUCCGAGCUGCCCUCAUCUCCCGGCGGCAUCUCCAGUUCUGGAAAUCCCACCUCCGUAAUGUUCAACGGCCGUUGCUCCAGGCCCCUUUCUUGCCUCCCAAGCCUCCUCCUCCCAUCAUCGUCGUCCCCGACCCCCCUUCUAACAAUGAAGAGUGCCCGGCCCAUCUGCUGGAAGACCCUCUGUGUGCAGAUGUCAUCCUGGUGCUGCAAGAGAGAAUCAAAAUCUACGCGCACAAGAUCUACCUCUCCACCGCCUCCUCCAAGUUCUACGACUUGUUCCUGAUGGACCUGGACGAGGGGGGCCAAGAGGAGAUGGCAGGCAGCAGCCUCAGGAUGGGGGCCGCGGAGCGGACGGUUCCUCAGGAACGACACCACCACGGGCGGGAAUUCCUCUUGAGGGCUGCUAGUUUCGACAUCUGCGAGAGUACUGAAGAAGCUGGCUCCGGCCAGCAAAAACCGUGCCUUAGAGCCUCCACCAGCGAUGGGAUUUUGCGGGGCAAGAACUACGGGGAACGAGGGCUAAAGCGGGGGAGGCUCCUCUCCUCCUGGAGCCGUGCCUUUGUCAGCAUCCAGGAGGAGAUGGCAGACGACCCCAUGACCUACAAACCCCGGCUGAUGGUAGUAGUGAAGAUGGACCCUUCCAUCCAGCUGGGACCGUUCAGGGCCGUCCUCAAAUAUCUCUACACCGGGGAACUGGAUGAGAACGAGAGGGAUCUCAUGCAUAUCGCCCACAUUGCUGAGCUGCUCGAAGUCUUUGACCUCAGGAUGAUGGUGGCGAACAUCCUCAACAACGAGGCGUUCAUGAACCAGGAGAUCACCAAAGCCUUCCACGUCAGGAGAACCAACCGGGUGAAAGAAUGUCUGGCCAAGGGGAAUUUCUCGGAUGUCACUUUUAUACUGGAUGAUGGUGCUAUCAGUGCCCACAAGCCCUUGCUGAUCUCCAGUUGUGACUGGAUGGCUGCCAUGUUUGGGGGUCCGUUUGUUGAGAGCUCAACUCAGGAGGUAGUGCUACCAUACACCAGUAAGAGUUGCAUGCGAGCCGUGCUUGAGUACCUGUAUACUGGCCAGUUUUAUUCUUCUUCAGACCUUGAUUACAUGAAGCUCAUCAUCUUGGCCAACCGCUUGUGUCUGCCACACCUGGUUGCACUGACAGAACAGUUCACUGUGUCUGGUUUGAUGGAAGCAACGCAGAUGUUAGUGGAUAUAGAUGGUGAUGUUCUUGUGUUCCUGGAGCUGGCUCAGUUCCAUGGUGCCUACCAGCUUGCCGAUUGGUGCCUCCACCAUAUCUGCACCAACUACAACAAUAUCUGUCGCAAGUUUCCUCGGGAAAUGAAAGCAAUGUCAGCAGAAAAUCAGGAUUAUUUUGAGAAGCAUCGGUGGCCCCCCGUUUGGUACCUCAAGGAAGAGGAUCACUUCCAGAGAGCCAGGAAAGAGCGCGAGAAGGAAGACUACCUCCAUCAGAAAAGGCAGCCGAAGAGACGGUGGCUCUUCUGGAAUGCCUCUUCCCCUUCCUCGUCGGCAGCCACAGCUUCCUCCUCCUCCUCCUCCUCCUCCUCUUCCUCUGCUGUGGUUUGAGGGCUGCACUGCCGAUCUGCUCCGAUGGCUGUGAGAAGGAGGGGAGCCGACUGGCGCCUGGCAUCCCCAAGGCGUGGCAAGAGGCCACAGGCCGAGGCCUUUCAGCGGAGAAAAUCAGCAUGAAUGUCCCUGAGAGGCUGAUGAGGAAAAAAAAACCUCCGAAGGAGAGCAACUCAGGAGCCAGAAUUAUCCAACCAUCUCAUCCAGAGCUCUGGGUGGCCUCCCUUCCCUGCCUUGGCUAAGUCUAGAAGCACAGCAGAUGGAGGCCACCGACCAGUGGAACGGAGAGCGGCUCCGUUUUCUUUCCAAGAGGCUCAACUCAUCUCGCGGGACUGCACCUCCCUUUUGCAGAAAUGCUGGAGGGGGCGAGCGUUUUGUUUUUUUGUUUUUUUUUAAAUAUAUAUAUAUAUAUAUAUAUGGGGGGGGAAACAAUUACUCCAAGAAAGAUGGAGCCCUUCUGUGUUUUUUUUUUUUUAAUUUUCCCCUUUGCAAAAGAAAAAAGAAAAAGUUUUCUUAAAAAAAGAAAAGUAUUAUGUAUCUCACAUCGACCAUCCUCUGCACCUUAUACAUUUCAAGCCGCUACAGAUGCUGCGUGACCCAGGACUUUUGUUUUUUGUUUUUUUCCUUCUGGGUUUCCUUCCCGAUGGCCAAAGGGCCACGUUAUUUUGGUUGCACUUAAUGACUACCCAGGCACUUAUCCCCUAGAUGUUUUGCUUUGAGCAAGGCAUGUAUCCUGACAGCAAACAGCUGGGGUCUCUCUGCUCCUGAAAAGCGGACACCCCUAUGGAGAAGACGAUGGCCAAGAGAAGCACAGACCCUCCCAUGGGGUUCAAGGGCAAGAGGGAGGGGAGGAAAUGACCCUAGAAUAGGAGGGGGGAAAAAACCAGCCUGGCAAGGCUGGGAAGCUGCUGCUCCCUCCCCACUUCCCCCCCGCUUAAUUUUGCAACACAAUCUACAAACUGACUAAACAUGGCGGAUUAGGAGAAAAAUAUGAGGAAGAGAAAUGCCCGCUAUAAUGCUUGAGGAUGCACUGUGUAUGAGAGAGUAUAA